GCCGGUUUAAAAAUAAUAAUUAUUCUCAAUUUCUCAAGUUUAACCUCCAUUCAUCGUUUAUUUUGAGGUUAUUUCGUUUAUACUGUGCAACUUUAUUGAUUUAUAAUAUAUGUUUACGAAAUAUCUAUGUUUAAACAUGAAAUUAUUACAAAAGACUAUACUGUUUGCUAUCACAUUCAGUUUGUGUAAAAGUGCUAAAAUUAACACACCAAGAGUGCUCUUACCAUGGUUUGAGAAUAAGAAUGUGAAUUUUAUGUUUGAAAUUAUUGAAGGCGGAUGUUACACUUGGAGUUUGUCUCGCGAUGACAUCAUAGAUCUUGAACCUAUCUACGAGGACACUUGGGGAGGUCAUUGUUCGCGUGCGGCUCGUGUAUCUGUCUCCAAAACAUGUGUACCACCAGGUUCUGUAAUCAUCUUGGCUGAAGAAGUGAAUAGUGGCGAGAUACUUCGUGGAGAUGUAAAUAUUGACAAAAUAAAAUCACUGAAAGUGAUGAGUACAACAUGGAAACUUUAUCUGGAAGAAGCACCGGAGGCAUUUGAAGUUUUUGCAUAUGAUGAUCAAGGUAAUAAGUUUUCAACUUUGGAAGGAGUGAAUUUCAAAUGGACCAUAGAGAAUUUUGACAACAGUGUUGGUGAUGACCCUUUAGUGACAUUAGUACGAUGGCGUGACACAGAUUACGAGGCACCUCCUGGAAUAACAGAUAUAGAAGCACAAGGACUAAGAUCUUAUUCUGUUUUGUUGUAUGGUCAAGCAAUGGGAGAUUGCCGAGUUACUGUGUGUCUCGGGGACAUUUGUACAGAUUUUAACUUGCAAGUGGUAGCCAGUGUUGUGCUAACUCCGGCAACAGCAGUUAUAGCACCUACAGAUACUCUUAAGUAUAGGGUAGUUCGAGCUCGUGCUGGUCGUUUAACAGUACAAGACAUAGCUGAUACACUGUAUUAUAUUAAAGUACCAAAUACAGGAAUAGCAGUUUUGGAUGAUACUGUCAGUCUGGUCAGAGCUACAGAAAUUGGAUCAACAUCUAUUCUUCUCAUGUCUGGUACUACAGAGGUUGCAUCUGCAACAUUGACUGUGGCAGAACCUCACAGCAUUAGAGUUAACCUUCGACCUUCAAGCUUGCUUAUACGUGGAGAACCUUUCACAGUACAUUGUAUAUUAUUGGAUAUCAAUGGACAUCCUCUGACUGCUGGACAAGAGAUAUUGAUACGCCUCUCUGUAGUGGGCGAAGCAAAUGUUGAUUUACUUAAAUCUACUGAAAAUGGAACGUUGACUGACGCUGUGGCGGGGAACUCUGGACCUUUGACAAUUACAGCCCGACUUCAUUCGGUUGCUGGCAAGAGUUUGAUAAGAAAGGUGGAGGGUCAUGUGUCAGCAGUAGCAGUGGACCCAUUAGAAAUAAUACCACCAGAAAUCUACGUAGCCUGGACUGACACAAUUCAAGAGAUACAAUUGGAACAUCGCGGUGGUGGUGAAGAGCCAGUUGUGUGGUCUGAGAGCGAGAUAUCACAAGGCGCUGCCAUCUCUGUAUCCAGUACUGGCCUGGUGACGAUCCGUAGUGAAGGAGAUAUCGAAGUUAUAGUACAAUUGAAGAACUAUCCUCAUAUUCGUGCUGUUGGAAGGGUGGUGUCGUCGCCUGCGGAGCUGGUGCAGGUGUCGAGCUCGGGCCAGGCUCGCGUGGGCCGCCCCCACCAUCUGCACGUCGCACUCACCGCCACGCAUCCCCACACCGGACAACUCUAUAACUUCCACAGAUGUAACUGUGAAGCAUUUGCCGUGUCUUUACUUGAGGGUCCAGAGCCUCACAAUGUCACUGCAGCGACAUGGGUACAACCUGUCGAGGGGGCGUGCUGCGUGGUGGAGUGCGCGUGGGCGAGCCGCGGCGUGUCGUGCGUGCGCGUGUCGCGCGGCCGCGCGGGCGAGGCGGCGCGCGUGCACGUGCGCGCCGCGCCGCGCCUGCGCUGGCCGCCGCGCGCGCUCGCCGCCCUGCCCGCCGCCACGCUGCCCAUAUUGGCAGAAGGCGAAUCGCUAGUGCCGCAGUCGAGUGAGACGCGCGUGGCGGAGUUAACGGAACGUACAGGGUCGCCACCACAUCGUUACCCCGACGUCCAGCUAUUCACUUUCAAGUGUCGAUGGAGAGGUGAUUCGCGCAUGUCGUUGGUCUCGCAAGCAGAGGAAGAACGCGAGGCGGCGGAGUUCGAGGCAGCUUGUGCACCACACGUAUCCAAGCUGCGUCUGGAGCCGCCUGAUUUGGCCGGGAACUGCUCCGGUGGCGCUAGACUGUGGCUGAGACCAGGCCAGGAAGUGAGAGUUGGCGUGACGUUACUGGACGCCAUAGGACGUGAACUGCUGGACGAAGUUGGACCCCUCGUAGAGUGGGAGAAUGAACCACGACAUGUCGGCUUGCAGUACGGCGGGGAUCGUUUGCUUGUUGAGACGCUUCCAGAGUACGCACCUGUACCCGUGCCCAAUAAAUAUUAUCAGAUAGUGGUAGCCGACGACCAAGCUAUCGGUUGGACUGGCUUGUUGAAGGCGUCUAUACCUGAAGCAACUGCAACUUUACAAGCGCGCGUUGUAUCACCGUUAAAUUGUGAUUCAUUAAAGGCUGAUAUGGCUUGGGAAGGAGAUACUGUGAGUGGUAUCACCAACGUAUCGGGUGGUAGCGGACGGUAUUACGUGGAAACACCCAAAGGCGUGUCGGCCGUCGUGGAGGGUGGUCGUGUCAGUGCAAUCGUGCCCGGGCCGGGGUCAUACGACCUCGUAGUUAUGGACAUGUGCAUUUCUGGAGAAAAGCAAGUCAUUGAGGUGAACGUAGAAGAAGUGGUCAGCGUGGAAGUGAUAACGUCUCGAGCCAUAGGCGUGGGCGCAUGUGCGAGCAUAAGCGCCAUAGCCCGCGGGUCGUCGCUGCGGGCGCUGGCGGCGGGCCGCGCGGCCGAGUGGAGCGCGGCGGGGCCCGCGGCCGUCCGCGACCGCGCCCUGUGCGGGCUCGCCGAGGGCGCCGCCAGGCUGCGGGCCGCCAUCGCCGGCGUCUGGAGCCCUGAAAUUGAGGUGCUGGUAUUCCCGCCGCUUCAAAUAGUACCGGCUACGGCUCGCAUUCCAGCGGGCGCCCGACUACAACUGCGGCGUUCGGGUGGACCUCCGCUACAUCUCGCUUCCACUCACUACCGACUUGCGGGCGCUUCUACACGAGGCUCGCACCACAGCAUCGAGGUUUCUCCAACGGGCUCUGUUCAAGGUCUAUCAACUGGGAAAGCGCGUAUAAUAUUAGUUGCGACUGAUAUAGCUAAUGUCGAAAUCGCUCGAGCUGAGGCAGAAGUAGAGGUGGUGCCGAUCUCCGGGCUGCGCGUGCGAGCGGCGACGCAGACGCUGGUGGUGGGCGCGGUGGGCGGGCUGUGGGUGGCGGCCGAGGGGCUGGCGGCGGGCGCGCUGCACGCGCUGCAGCCGCCGCCGCGCGUCGCCUGGACGCUGCGGGACCCCGCCGCCGCCAGGCUCUACACCGGACACGUCGACGACAUGCUCGAAAGACAAGUUGCUGAGGGAAUAGCAGUUAGGGUUGUGCCAUUGAAACCGGGCGUUAUAACAAUUGACGUCAGAGUUAGAAAUCUGGGCCAGGUGGCAGAAACAAGGUCGUGGGACAGCACAAUCGAAAUAUUGGGUGUAUCAGACAUUCGCACUUCAGUGGAAGGUCUUCCUAACGAAUUUUCAACGGGCGAACGGCUUGCGAUUGCCGUAGGCGCCACGUUGCAGUUGAAAUCACUACCUAGAGGAUCAUGGAAGUUGUUUGAUGAUGGUGCUCUAGAACUCAGUCCUAGUGGCGAGCUGAAAGCAUUACGACCGGGACACGGUGUUGUUAUCGCACAACAUAAGGACGAGAGAAAUAAUAUUUAUAGAGAAACGGCGGUGCAGGUGGAGGCGGCGGUCCCUCACUACUGUACUGCGGAGCCGGCAGAGGGCGCGGGCGACGACAAUGUGGUGCGGCUGGCGCUGCGCAGCUCGCUCGGGCGCCGCCUGCUGGCGCCGCGCGCCAACGUGUCCGCUCGUGGUCCUCUGGCGGCGGCCCCGCGCCGCGCACCGCCCUCGCACAGCGCGCUGGGUUACGAAUUGGUGAUAUCUGGUCUGGACACAACGGGCGCGCUGAUGACAUUCGAGAGCUCCGAGGGCGGCGUCACCGUACGGGAUGAAGUAUGGGUGGCCGGGCCAGACCCUCGUGCAGACAACAUCCUCGCGUGCGGCGGGUGGGGCGUGUGCUUGGAAGGCGUGGGGUGGCGCGGCGAGGCGAGCUCGGUGCGAGUGACCGCGGGCGCGGGGGUCUCGCUCGCCGUGCUGUGGGCCGCCCGCCCGCGCCGCGCCGCCCUCACGCUGCGGCUCGACCGACCGCCCACGGCGCUCACGCUGCACCAACUUCCUAUACAUAAGAUGGAGUUUGCACCGGGUGUAUGGCCAUCCGCCAUGGUUCCACUAAUCAUCGAAGCUGAAGGACUCACGACGGGACCUUUACUUUGCACCGAAGAUCAGAGAUAUGCGUUAGAAGGCGUACAAGUCGAACUACCGUUUACGUGUCGAACUAAAGCGCCUCACACUGCCCAACCUGUGUUGGAUAUUAUCAACGGUGAACUGGGCUGUUCUAUCUUGCCAUCUACGCCGAUUAUUGAUUCUUCAGAAGUUGAAUUAUGCGCUGAAUGGGACGCCGCCCGCACUUGUACCCGAGUGCUUCUACUGCCUCCCAUUAAGCUGUCGCAUACUAAAGUCUCACUGUUACACCCGCCCGCUUUCUUCACAAUCUCCGGUCAUCCGCAUGCUCUAAAACUAGUCAAGAUGAACACCUCCCCCGGUCUUAAACUAGAAACCCGUACGAAAGAUGACGAGAUUGAUGUUAUAGUUAAGAGUGAAACAUCUGUUUGUGGUGUUGGAUGGGUAAAUGUUCGAUCAAAGCUAACUUAUCAAGAGUUGAGAGUCGAAGUCGAACGAGAAAGCGAGGUGGCGUGUGGAACGAUACUUGGAGCGAUAUUUACCAUAUUGAAACCUUAUUUGUCCACGUUGGCAACAGUCGCUGCGGUUGCAGCUGCAUUUCUCUAUGCACAAUCGCGGAUGCAGCAAAAGGGUCAAAUCCGUGUGCCGGAACAACCACCGCCCCAAAGCCCGGUACCGGAACGAUUGAACCGUUCUAGAACGUGGUCGCGAAGUCCUUACGCGUCCGGUCCAGCCGCUCCCGUAUACGGCGACGCCACUCUCCUCCCGGACCAGAGUUUCUCACAAAACUCCACGAGAAUGCAUUCCAGUUUUCCGGCCUUUGGGUUAUAGCGCUUAUGACUUUAGUCGUUAAAUGUAAAAAUUAAGGUGUUGAAAAUCUCAA